CGGCCGUAUUUAGAGCGGCGGUGCCCAGCGGCCGCGGCGUCCUCGGGUCCCGUAGCGCGAGCGUCAUGGAGCGGCCGGCGCCCCUGGCCGUGCUGCCCUUCUCGGACCCCGCGCACGCCCUGAGCCUGCUGCGCGGCCUGAGCCAGCUCCGCGCCGAGCGCAAGUUCCUGGACGUGACUCUGGAGGCGGCGGGCGGGCGCGACUUCCCGGCGCACCGCGCCGUGCUGGCAGCCGCCAGCCCCUACUUCCGCGCCAUGUUCGCCGGGCAGCUGCGCGAGAGCCGCGCCGAGCGGGUGCGCCUGCACGGGGUGCCGCCCGACAUGCUGCAGCUGCUGCUGGACUUCAGCUACACCGGCCGCGUGGCGGUGAGCGGCGACAACGCCGAGCCGCUGCUGCGCGCCGCCGACCUGCUGCAGUUCCCGGCCGUGAAGGAGGCGUGCGGCGCCUUCCUGCAGCAGCAGCUCGACCUGGCCAACUGCCUGGACAUGCAGGACUUCGCCGAGGCCUUCAGCUGCUCGGGGCUGGCGAGCGCGGCGCAGCGCUUCAUCCUGCGCCACGUGGGCGAGCUGGGCGCCGAGCAGCUGGAGCGACUGCCCCUGGCGCGCCUGCUUCGCUACCUGCGCGACGACGGGCUGUGCGUGCCCAAGGAGGAGGCCGCCUACCAGCUAGCGCUGCGCUGGGUGCGCGCCGACCCGCCGCGCCGCGCCGCGCACUGGCCGCAGCUGCUCGAGGCCGUGCGCCUGCCCUUCGUGCGCCGCUUCUACCUGCUGGCACACGUCGAGGCCGAGCCGCUGGUGGCGCGCUGCCCGCCCUGCCUGCGCCUGCUGCGCGAGGCGCGCGACUUCCAGGCGGCGCGCUAUGACCGCCACGACCGCGGGCCCUGUCCCCGAAUGCGCCCGCGCCCUUCCACCGGCCUCGCCGAGAUUCUGGUGCUCGUGGGCGGCUGCGACCAGGACUGUGACGAGCUGGUCACCGUCGACUGCUACAACCCGCAGACGGGCCAGUGGCGCUACCUGGCCGAGUUCCCCGACCACUUGGGUGGGGGCUACAGCAUAGUGGCGCUGGGCAACGACAUCUACGUGACAGGUGGAUCUGACGGCUCCCGGCUGUACGACUGUGUGUGGAGGUACAACUCGAGUGUGAACGAGUGGACAGAGGUGGCGCCCAUGCUGAAGGCCCGGGAGUAUCACAGCUCUUCCGUGCUGGAUGGGCUGCUGUACGUGGUGGCCGCCGACAGUACUGAGCGCUACGACCACACCACCGACUCGUGGGAGGCCCUGCAGCCCAUGACCUAUCCCAUGGACAACUGCUCUACCACAGCCUGCCGCGGCCGGCUCUACGCCAUCGGCUCCCUGGCCGGCAAGGAGACCAUGGUGAUGCAGUGCUACCACCCCGAAACCGACCUGUGGUCGCUGGUGGACUGUGGCCAGCUCCCACCCUGGUCCUUCGCGCCCAAGACCGUGACCCUGAACGGCCUGAUGUACUUUGUUAGGGAUGACUCUGCCGAGGUGGACGUGUAUAACCCGAUGAAGAACGAGUGGGACAAGAUCCCGUCCAUGAACCAGGUGCACGUGGGGGGCAGCCUGGCGGCCCUGGGAGGGAAGCUGUACGUCUCCGGAGGCUAUGACAACACCUUUGAGCUCUCGGAUGUGGUGGAAGCCUACGACCCAGAGACUCGGGCGUGGAGCGUGGUGGGGCGGCUCCCCGAGCCCACCUUCUGGCAUGGCAGCGUGAGCAUCUUCCGCCAGUUCAUGCCACAGACACCCCUGGGUGGGCGCGGCUUCGAGCUGGACAGCAGCAGCCACAACAUGGACGCAGGCCGGCCCCGGCCACCGCAACACCCUGAAGAGCUGCACUAGCCCCGGCCAGGCCCAGGGAGGGCCUCGGUGCUGGGAAGCUAGCACCCGCGGGGUGAGUGACCCGCUGCUUUGUGCGCGAGGACAUGCUGUGCUCAUGGGCAGCACGUGGGCCCUGGGGCAGCCCAGCGAGCCCAGGAUCCAUCACCCGCAAGGCCUCUGUGCCUUCAGCCUCGGCUGCUGGGCCUGAAGGCGGUUCCUGGGGUGAGAUUCGCCUCCACUUGCAGAUGUCUUGGCUCCUCCGGGUCACCCCCAGCUUGCCCAGGCAGCACACACACAUCUUGUUCCCAUCCUGGGAUAACAGGUUACAGACACCCUCCCAAGAGGGUCUGGUCUGGGACCUAGAGCCUUUGGGUGCCCAGCUCGAUGUCCAGCACUGAUUAUCAUUGUGGGGCAGAGCUGAGUGCUGGGCCGUGGCCCUAGGUGGGAGUGUGAACAUGAGAGUCUGCAGGGGCCGCGCAGAGGACCUGGCGUGGUGGCCUCUGGGUCUGCCUGGCCGGUGUGUCCUCGUGGGGUUCCAGGCCCGUGAAGGAGAAGUCGGAAGCCUGCCGCGCGCGUGCAAGGGCGUGGCUUCUCGUGUCUGUCAUUGACCCCAGCCAAACAGACAGCUGCACUUGCCCAAGACCUUUUCAGGCCUCAGAGUGAGGACCCCGGUUGUGCCUAAAGGAAGCCCUGGAGGGGGCCGGCCUACAUGGCCGCUUCCUGGAUUUGAAGUGGGUGUGUGUGAUUUUCAAACCGUAAAGUGCCAGUCCUGGAGCCCUCUGCAAGAGUGGGGGUCCUG